AUGCUGCAGUGCUUCAAGUUUCACCAGAGUCACAUUCACAGUCUGAAGAGUCAUCCUCACCGUCUGUCCGAAAACCAUGAGAGAAAAUCAGAAUCAGAGUCGGAGAGUGAAGACUCUCCAUUAUCUUGCACACCUCCACAGUUCCUAAAAGCCAAGAACAUGUAUACCUACAGUCGCAUAAACAAGUAUACAGUACGAUUAAGUGACAAAAAGAGGGAUCCUCAGAGCCAGAACUCUGAGAGAUUUAUCAUAAAAGCUGUGGAGGAGCAAGAACACCUGAGUGAUGGACAAAGCAAUUCGUCAGAAGCCCAAACUGCGGAGGACAAAGACCUGUGGCCUGCUGAUGAUAGCGAGCCAUCACAAAGCUCUCUAGAUUCCAACUCCACAACGUCCUCCUUCAAUACAGGGAGCACUGAAGCUGAAUCUACCUGUAGUUUCUGUGACAACCAGACAGGAAGUGAAGAUGGAAGCCCAGGGAGAGAUAUGUUGGAUACACCUCCAUCCGGAUCAGGAAUUCUUCUGAAAGACCCCAUGCUUGGAGCUUUUCCGGCUGCAUGGAAAAAGCGUUUCCCUUUCAGCCCUACGCUGCAAAAAACACCAGUACUACCUUUGCGUUCACCCCUUCGGGAAGCACACAGCCGGACUCUCAACCCAUCUCUGCUUAUAUCCCCUUCUCAAGGCCUGAGCUGUUCUCUCCAUCCAGAUGGACGGGAGGCGCUACACACAUUAUUUGAGGACGUGUGGGUCACCCCAGAAUCUACCGUCUUAAAAAGUCCCAGCUUGCCAGGCAGCUUUGCAAAUGACUCUGUAGUAGGCCAAAUUUUGUGAUCCUUCAUUACCUUAAAUAUACAGGGG